AUGAGCAGCGAGCGUCGUCUUGAACUGGAACUUCAGGUCGCUGAAGCCCGGGCUAACGCCCAGGCCUGUUGCUCGUGUAUUUCCGGCUCGAUAUCCUUUAUAGUCUUCACUUGCCUCGCAAUAUGGGUAUUUAAAGGUGUAGACGACCCCAAAUCCAGCAUCCAAUCCUUAUAUCUCCCAGCCCUCAACAAAACCAGCUUAGACACUACUACUCCAACAAACAACACCCUCUUCUUUGAGCUCCAGCUGAGCAACAGCAACGAUCAUUGGGGGAUUUACUACGGCAAUGUGAACCUCACUUUCUAUGACAACCCAAUUAGCACACGAUCUCAUGUCAUAGGAAACUAUACCAUUCCUCGGUUCUACCAAGGUUAUAACAAAAAGGCGACGAAGAGAGGAGCUGUCGAGGUCAACACCACGCUGGUUUCUCAGGCGUUUUGCUCCCCGAAAGGAUACAUGGCUUUUCGAGCAGAAAUGGAGACGGUGAUCAGGUUCAGAAUCCAGAGUCUUUUCAAGAGUAAGAGGAAGAAAUUGAUGCGAAGGGCAAAUGUGGUGAUCAAUGAACAAGGUGUACUUAUAGUCAACCAAGAUGGCAUUAAGCUUAUCUAG